AUGUCCAAGUCUCACAGGAGGAAAAACAGCCAGUUAUUUCUACAAAACAAGAACUCUAGCAACUCUGUGCUACCUCAACAGCCAGCAAGUAAUCAGUCUUCAGAUGAAGUGGUUCGCUCAGGAUCUGUGCAACCAUUCUUCGAUUUAGAAAGAGAGGUUGAUUUAUUUGGCUUUGAAGAUGUUAGUGCUAGUGAAUUGAAUCAUCCAAUUCGCAAUAAUGGCAGCAACAGAUUGAGUGAAGAUUUCGAACCUUUGUCUCAGUGGAGCAAUUGGUACUUAAAUGGUAAAUAUAAUUAUAAGAGAAGGCCGUACUUUCUAUUGGUAAUUGGCGUGAUAAUGCUUCUGACAAUGGGUACUUUGCUCUCGUAUAUAUAUUGGCAUGGUCCAACAGCGACAGAAAGACAGGAUCCUAGCGACUUUAUACCAGAUUUGGAUGAUCCUGGUUCAAGACGAAAUAUCUUUACCAUAGAAGAAAUAUUGCAUGGAGAAUUUUCUAUUAAGGAGGAAACCUUCCACUUUAUUGAUCCACCAGAAUGGCUGAAAAGUCAUGACCAAGAUCCUGGCCUGUAUUUUACAGUUGAGCAAAAGACAGGCCAAAUGGAGUUCAUAGCCAGGCAGCUUUUUGACAGGACUUUUGAACAAAAGAUUGGGAAGGUAACAUUUGAAUUUGAAGGCAAGAGAUACACAACUAGUUCUAUUCAGAUAAAUUAUCCCUUAACUAAGGCCAUAAUAGCUACAAACAUGGAAAAACAAUAUCGACAUUCUUCGAAGGCUUAUUAUUGGCUUUUGGAUAUCCAUUCAGGCAAAUAUACUCCAAUAAGACCCAAGGAAAUUAAGGAUAGGUUGGUUUAUUUAAACUACGCCCAUUUCUCUCCACAUUACAACUACAUUGACUUCAAUUAUAACAACGAUCUUUAUUUUUUUGGUGUCGAAAGUCCAUCUACAGUUUAUAGAAUCACUAAUGAUGGCUCAAACAUAAUUCUUAAUGGAAUCACAGAUUGGGUGUACGAGGAGGAAGUAUUGUCUACUGAUCGUUCUGUUUGGUGGGCACCAGAUGAUUCAAGAUUUAUCUUUACCAAACUUAAUGAUGUUAAUGUAUCAACAUAUGAAAUUGAUAAAUAUGCGUUAAAGAAGGAAAAUAAAGACAAAAAUUACGUCGAAUAUCCUGUUCCUGGCUCACCCAAUCCUACCAUUGAACUUUAUCAGUUUGAUAUUUCAGCUGGUGUAUUAUACACUGUAACGACAGAUUUGGAAUUGGAUCAGCCAAUCCUUUACUAUGCAAAGUUUGUUAGUCCAACACAAUUUUUAUACAAGGUUACUGAUAGAACAUCACGCUACUUAAAGGUCAAGGUAUAUGAACUUGAUCAAAACAAGGUUCACCUGCUAAAUGCAAUGGACACAGCGGCAUUUAAUGGAUGGGUGGAAAAGAGUAAAAAUGUAUUUAGUAUUCCUCCCAACAAAGUUAGCAAAGACUUUGGUUUCUUGGACAUUCACCCGGACCGUAAUGGAUUCAAUCAUAUAUUUUAUUACCCUUCUAUGAAGUCUUCUGAUGUUAAAGCAAUCCAACUAACAUUUGGUGAAUGGGAGGUUUCAGAACUGGUUGGCUUCGAAUAUGAAUCAUUGAAGGUUUUUUUUGCGGGCAAUAGAGAGCACCCUAUGUCUCAGCAUCUUUAUGCCAUCGACCUGUCAAAGGAAAACAAACACGAAUCUUUAGAAUUACUCCAGGACCCCAAUAAAAAGCUGGAUUAUUAUUCAUUUGAAAUCUCAAAAAGUGGAAGAUUUGCCAAAGCCAGAUAUUUGGGACCUAAACCAUUAAAGGUUAAAGCAGGCUCCUUACUGGAAGUAUUGGAUGUAGAUUCUGCUGAGAACAAUAACAACAAUGUACUUUCUCUAUCCGAUGACUCAAACUUUAACGAAUCGUUGAGGACAUAUGACUUACCAAAAACAAGCUACAGCUCAAUUUUACUAAAUGAUGGGACUGAAAUAAACAUUGUAGAAAUUAAGCCCUCCUAUAUUGAUCCUGAAAGAAAAUACCCUAUUUUGGUCAGUGUAUAUGGUGGUCCAGGUUCCAAAACAUACACAACAAAAUCAUCUGUAUUUUUUGAACAAGCUGUAGCACAAGGUCUUGAUACAAUUGUGUUACAGAUUGAACCAAGAGGUACAGGUGGCAAAGGAUGGGAGUUCAAGUCUUGGGCAAGGAAAAAUAUUGGCCAUUGGGAACCUAAAGAUAUUAUCGAAACAACCAAAAAAUAUAUCGAAUUAAAUUCACCACAUAUAGACACGGAUAAAGUGGCCAUAUGGGGCUGGUCCUAUGGUGGAUAUACAACUCUUAAAACAAUAGAACAAGAUUCUGCAGACACAUUUAAAUAUGGAAUUGCUGUUGCACCAGUUACUGACUGGCUAUCGUAUGAUUCCAUAUAUACAGAAAGAUAUAUGGGCUUACCAGAUUUGAAUGAAGAAGGAUAUGAAAAUGCCAAAAUAAAAAAUAUCUCGGCGUUCGAAAAAUUAACCCGAUUAUUUGUGAUACAUGGUACAGCCGAUGACAAUGUACAUAUUGAAAAUACCUUCUCCUUUGUGGAUAAGCUAAACGAGCAUAGUCUGUCAAAUUAUGAUAUGCACAUCUUUCCUGGAUCUGACCACUCGAUUAGCCACCAUAACGGAUCAAGGGUCCUAUUCAGAAAACUAUACAAUUGGAUAAAGCUAGCCUUUCAUCCUCGGGCGUUCCAAUGA